GCACAUCACUCAUUUAGCGUUGUUUUGGUCUUGACCUAUCCUACUUACAAGCGCAUUUUCCUCAAACAGCAAAAUGGAAACAGCUAACCAGAUUGUGUCACUUGGGACAUUUCAAGUGCUUAAAUUACCUUUGGGAUUUAUUCGUCUUCUGGAAUGGCUUUUUGCCAUCUUUGCUUUUGCAACAUGUGGAGGUUACUCUGGGCAACUGCGGGUUAGUGUAGACUGCAUCAACAAGUCUGACAGCAACCUCAGUAUUGGCAUCAACUUCGCUUACCCGUUCAGGUUGAACCAAGUGGAAUUUGAUGUGCCGAUGUGUGAGGGAAGGAGACAAGAGCGGCUUUACCUGAUCGGAGACUUUUCCUCCUCGGCCGAGUUCUUCGUCACCAUUGCUGUGUUUUCCUUUCUGUACUCUCUGCUGGCCACUGUGGUGUAUAUCUUCUUCCAGAACAAGUACCGCGAAAACAACCGCGGGCCUCUCAUUGACUUCAUUGUGACGGUGGUCUUCUCCUUUAUGUGGCUAGUGAGUUCCUCUGCCUGGGCUAAAGGUCUUUCGGAUGUGAAGGCGGCCACUGAUCCGGAUGAGGUGGUUCUGCUCGUGUCUGCUUGUAAAGUUCAGACCAACAAGUGCAGCUCAUUGUAUGGACCGCGAUGGUCUGGCCUCAACACAUCUGUGGUAUUUGGCUAUCUGAACUUCGUGCUGUGGGCUGGAAACAUCUGGUUUGUGUUUAAAGAGACCGGAUGGCACAAGGGAGGUGUAGCGAGAUAUCCAGCCUCGUCCUCAGAAAAACAAACCACGGCCUUCAACCAGCAGGUCUACAACCAGGGCAGCUUUGAUCAAUCCGGAGCCGCUUUCACUGGAACAGGGGACUUCGCCCAGUCAGAGUACAGUCAGGUGGGCAAUUAUUCCUCAAGUGGGCCCAUGUCCUACACCAACCAGUAACCCCAUCGGCCUCAUCACAAUCCUCAAAACAGGGGACCUGUUUCUAAGGGCAAAUUCGACAUUGAGCACAACAGAAGGUGGAAGAGUUUAGUAAACAGAUUUCUGAUUCUAUAGGUAAACCCAGACUUGUUUGUCCAGGAUACUAAUGUUUUUAAAAAUGAAUGACAGGGAUCUUUUGAUGUAUUGUAUGUUUUUAUCAUAACGUAUUUGUGUUGUAUCACUAUGAUUAUGUAUUUUUUAGAGCCCAUUUGUGAUCUAAGUAGUAUUUAUGCUUCAUUUCGAACUUAAUCAACUCUUUUGCACAACCUUAUAAUAUUACAUAUCAUCAAAUGCUUCGUAGAUGCUUUUAAAGUAACAUGAAUGAAUUUGACUUCUUUAAAUUUGAUAUAGGGCGGCCAUAACUGAUGUGAAGUUCGUUGAAAGGAUUUAUGCAUUGAUGAACAAUGCACGCAAUUUAUUACAUUAUUAUCAAAAAGUCACAAAGACUUUUUUGGGGGGGAUAACAUUCACAGUUGAAUAGUCCACAAUAAGAGCAGGAACAUUAAAGGGUUAGUUCACAUCAAAAUUAAAAUCAUUUAUUAUUCCUCUCACUAUUACAAAACCAUAAGACUUUUGUUCAUCUUCAGAAUAGAAAUGAAAAGGCUUUGGUCUCUCCAUUAACACACCUCAAAAAGUCCAAAAAAUAAAUCCAGAUAAAUCAAGCAAUCAAAAACUUAUGUAAAAUAGUUAAGGACUCAUUUUCAUGACUGCAUUUUUAACUAAACAGAUUUUUUAUCCAUUUUACACACAAAUGCAAAAAACAACAUUUGUAACAUUUAAAAUGGAUUACAAAAUGUUUCAAAAUGAGUCCUGUAUUGUCUUCAAGUGAACACACUUCAAAAACACAAAGGAAAAACCUUUUAGUUUUUAGUACGUCUCUGUCAUGUAAACUUAUCUUGUGCAUUAAUGAAAACAUUAAAAGGUGAACUAACCCUUUCAGGAAGUAUAUAGGAUCUGUUAAUAUCAUGUUGACUUUUAAGUGUACUUGUCCUAAUGGUGAUCACCUAUGCGAUAAAAAGUGCCAGGGUUUUUUUAAACCAAAUUUGUGAAAAACAUGUGACCCUGGAUGUUUUGCAUUGGAAAAUGGGAAUCACCAAAAAUACAUUGGAUGGGUGAAAAAAUUUUUGCUUUUUUUAUGCCAAAAAUUAUUAGAAUAUAAAGUAAAGAUCAUGUUCAGUGAAGGCAUUCUGUAAAUAUAUCAAAACUCAACUUGAUUAGUGGCAUGCAUUGCUAAGCACUUCAUUUAGACAUGUUUAAAGGCAAUUUCUUCAAUAUUUAGAUUUGUUUUUUCACUAUCACAAUUCAGAUUUCAUAUAAUUGUAUCUCGGGUGAACGUUGUCAAAUCUAAACAAAACUUUACAAAGAAUAAGGUAGUUUCAGAUGAUGGAUAAAAAAAUGACACAUAUGACUAGUUUUGUGGUCCAGGGUCACAUAUGAAACACAAAACAUGGGUUAAAUGGGACCACAAAAUAUGGGUUAAAUAUUUAAGUUAAAAAUGUUAUCUAUAUUUUAGAAUUAAUCUAUGUUUACCUAGAUUUGAGGUAAAAAAAAAAUUACCCAGCGCUCUUCUUUAGAGUGUACAGCAGGUGAUGGAGGUAUUUGUAAUUUACAGUAUUUGACAGAUUUCAGAUUUCAUUUGUCAGUAUAGAUGUUAGAUUACUGUUUAUCUGCUUGUUUUUGGAUUUCUUCUCCACCUGAAUAAUGUCAAGCAAGUGGUUGUUGGUUUGGUGUUUGCACUUUUGUGUUUCUGCAUUUAUAUGGCUCUUAAAUGUUUGCACUGUAUUGAUGAACUGCAUGAAGUCGUGCCAUAUUAUUAACCCAGUUUGAGUUUGUACAUAAAUUCUCUCCUCACUAUAUCAGGGUCAUGUGCAACCCAGACUCAUUCUGAAACCGUACCACUAUAUACAUUGUUGGAGAGAGCAAAAUACGUCCCAGGAGGUAUGUUUUUUUGCAGUUUUUCCACCAGAGGCCGCUGUGUAUGCUUUCUCAGAUCUUAAAUUUCUCUUGGGAGUGCCUUUCACGCCUGCUGUUCUUGCGUAAAUCCACCAGAGGUCGCUGUCGACUGACCGAUCGAUCCACUGACCCACCCUCCUCCUUUCCUAAACCCAACCAAUAGUGUUUUCAAAAGCACCGAUUGACCAGCCCACCCUCUUGCCUAAACUAAACCGACAAUUUAAAAAAUUUUAAAAAGCAAUCCAGAAAAAGAAGAGCCCUCGCCUGAAUUUUACCACGUUUUCAGGUUUUACCAAAUUCUCACACUGUUAUUUACUUGUUAAUUUUAGUUUUUGGCUUCUAUGCUUGUCUUACCCGAUUUCUGGAACCGUUCUUUCCCGGACUCAUACCCCAUCGUCGUGGUUUUAGCAACGAAAUGCUAAAUGCGUAUGUACUUCUGGCUACAUAAUUCGCAGUCUCAAGAAAUAUAUGUAGGGGUAAGUUUUUAGAACGAGCUUAUGUUGAUCAUAUUGUCUAUUCUGUGACCUUUAUUAUGAUCACAAAGUGAUUGAAAUACAAUCAACACAUAAUUUCUUUGCUUCCUAUGUGUUCUCUUGCUUCUCGUCUGAUCCUUUUUAAAUGCAUGAGGCUUUAUUAACUACAAAGACUAUAAAAUCUUGUUCUGAUUGCUGUUGCAUUUCAAUGUGACCGGGUUUCUGUCUUGAUAUAUAAUAUGCAUUUUCCAUCAGUGGGUGUGAAUGCUUUGAUGCAUUUUGUGUGAAGCCAAUAAAGAUAUUGUACAUUC